GAAAGCAUUUAUCUAUCGGAGCCUUAUCAAAGGUUUAGUUGCUUCGUCACUGCUAGAUCAGAAAAUAAUUGACGUAUAUAUACAUUACUUUGGCGUUUAGCUACAGCAUUCGUAUCAGACCGAGUAAUCGACUAAGUGCAUGUGAUGAUUGUGAAAGCAUUUACAUUUAUAAUUCUCGUGUCGUACGCAAUUGGCGAAUUGUGUGUGAACUACGACUUUGAGAAAGGCUUCUACGAAUUGUUUAGCGGUGAUGGCGUUUGUGAUACUUUCCCGGUCUGGUUUGUCGGUAAAUAUGAGGACUUAAAUAUUAUAGGACAGAACGGUAGUACAACUUUUAUCACCCCUAGUUCUCAAUGGGCUGCUAGUUGUGCGUCAUCAUUUGUUUUUCCAAUAAAAUCCGGAGGUCUUAUCGAAGUGGACAUUUAUAUGGAGCGGUCUGAUAUCAAUGAUCAGAUUGGGGUCUUUGUCAGUCAAAUGCUACCUAGUGGUGAAUCCGUGGUUAGAGCAAAAGUGGGAAGUGAGGUUUCCGGAUACUCCGCGAAUGGAUGGCAAACUCUGAAACUCACCUUACCUGGCACAGAUGCUUAUGAUGGAUUUAUAUCCAUAGUAGGAAAAGCAGCUGAGGAAUCCAUCGUACUUGUAGACGCUUUCCGAUACACACCACCUAACGUAGACGACAAUUACUGUCAAGAUCCGAAGAACGUCUUAACUCCUUUGAACAACGUAAACACGGAUAGUAUCUCGCGUAAAAAGACCACGCGGACUACUCGAAGGACAACUCGAAGGACAACCCGAAGGACCACAACUACCAAAAGGACCACAAUAAAAUCUCCAACGACGACAACGAAUGAAACGACCACAUAUACAACAACCCGGGCCCCGAACUAUAAUAUAACUUCAACAAUAUCUAGUACAUUACCUACAAUUACUGGCCGGCCCCCUGUCAUUAAUACUGAUAGACCCUACUCAAGUGCAUCCAGCUUGGCUCCAAUUAUUUCAAUAAUUUUACCUCUUACCAUGCUAUCGGCUUUACACCAACUACCCAGCUGACGCCCGGAUACUGAAAAGCUACUUAAUUUUAGCCUACAGGUAAUAUGAAUUAUAUUGGGUGGCAUUUUGAACGAGGGACAUAUUCAAGGAUCCGAUUCUGGUGCUCAAAUAAAACAACUUUUUCCAUAAGAUCAAUAUCAUCAUCAUCCUGAUUCUGUCCACUGCUGGACAUAGGCCUCCCCAAUUGCACGCCACUGUGCUCGAUGUUCAGCUCUUCUCAUCCAACCACUGCCGGCCACCCUGCGGAUAACGUCAGACCAAUAUAAUAAUUUUUGUCUGCACGGUUAGCGCGGUGGCUGGGCAACUGGCUGCCACGCAACAUGUCGCGGGUUCGAUUACCGCACGGAACAACUGUUUGUGUGAUCCAUAGAUUUUUGUUCCGGGUCUGGGUGUGAUGUGUAUGUGAAAUUGUAUGUUUGUAAACGCACCCAUGACACAGGAGAAAAUCCUAGUGUGGGGCUAUAAAAAAAAAUAAGGAAAUCUAAAAAAAAUUGUUACUUCUCCAUGCAAAAUGAUCGAUCAGCUGUUGCGAUUUGAAUGGGGAAAUAAAUUUAUUUUUGAGAUUUCGAUAUUGGUCCUAUGGAAAAAGUUGUUGUAAUUGAACACAAAUCUCCUGAAUA